GGCCAUUCGCAGUUGUCUGAGUUUCCUCCCUCUCCACCCAGCGUCCGGGUGUUACGAGUUGUCUUCUGCAUCUCUUAUCCCGACAAACGCAACGUCUCCUUUACUCCCUCUAGCUCUCACUCUCCCUUCUUUUAUUGUUGCGGCCCAUGGCAGGAAAUGGGCCAGGAGCCAUGUUUCUCGUUCCUCAGCGCUGAGUUCUGCGGCCGUAUCCCGGAUCAGUAAAAAGUGUCAUCUUCAGCCCCUAACCGACUUCUGUGUGUCCUGCAGCCGACAGGGGAGCUAUGGAUCAUGUCCUGAGCCGGCCGAGCUCUGACAUUCUCCGCAAGAACCCGCAGCAGGAUUUCGAGCUGAUCCAGCGGGUUGGCAGCGGCACCUACGGGGAUGUCUACAAGGCUAGGAAUAUUCAGACUGGAGAGAUGGCUGCUGUUAAGAUUAUUAAGCUGGAACCUGGUGAUGAUUUCUCCUUGAUACAACAAGAAAUCUUUAUGGUGAAGGAAUGCAAACACACCAAUAUUGUUGCUUACUUUGGCAGCUAUCUCUGCCGGGAGAAGCUGUGGAUCUGUAUGGAGUUCUGCGGCGGGGGCUCACUCCAGGACAUCUACCAUGUAACCGGUCCUUUGUCAGAACCCCAGAUAGCCUAUAUGUGCCGAGAAACGUUGCAGGGUCUUGCCUACUUGCAUAUUAAAGGAAAAAUGCACAGAGACAUCAAGGGUGCGAACAUUCUACUUACAGGCAAUGGAGAUGUUAAACUAGCCGACUUUGGUGUGGCAGCCAAAAUAACAGCUACAAUUGCCAAGAGAAAAUCUUUCAUCGGGACCCCUUACUGGAUGGCUCCAGAAGUGGCUGCAGUUGAGAAGAACGGAGGAUACAACCAGCUUUGUGAUAUCUGGGCUGUUGGCAUCACUGCAAUAGAACUGGGAGAGCUACAACCGCCAAUGUUUGAUCUUCAUCCUAUGAGAGCUUUGUUUCUUAUGUCAAAGAGCAGCUUUCAACCUCCAAAACUAAAGGAAAAACUGAAAUGGACUCCAGUAUUUCACAAUUUUGUCAAAGUCGCUUUAACCAAGAAUCCAAAGAAAAGGCCCACUGCUGAGAAACUGCUGACACAUGCCUUUGUAGCUCAAGUGGGCCUCUCCAGAGUCCUUGCCCUGGAGCUCUUGGAUAAAGUGAACAACCCAGAUCACCACCAGCAUUACAAUGAGCCUGAUGAUGACGAUAUUGAACCCCUGUCUGUCGUAAGACAUACUAUCCGUUCUUCUAACAAAGCAGUAAGAGCUGAGAGAACAGCAUCAGAAUUGAACUUUGACAAGCUACAGUUUGAGCCACCUCUCAGGAAAGAAACAGAAGCUAAUGAAGAAGUGGGCUACAGCCAAGACAGUGAUUAUUCAUCCCAGUGGAAUCCGUUUUCCAAUGGUUCUAACACAGAAUCCACGUUGAAGCGAGUUGUGCCUCCACCGUUACCCCCUAAGCCUCUGAGAAUGAACAGCUUUCCAGAAGACAAUAUAGGUGAUGAUGAUCGUUCCAACACCAUCAAACAUCAGCCGGAUAACAGACCUCCACAGGUUCACAGGAGACAGAGCAGCCCAGGUUGUGGUCAGCAGACUGCUCCCCCCCCUGUUGCCCUCUUUAGCAGUAUCAGCAGCCCUGGACUAUUCAGUAGAUACUAUGACAUGGGAAAUGGGGAUAAUCCCAAUAGACUUAGCAGCCCAACUGGAGAAGGAGCAAAACCUCAGCUGCCACAGAAGAAAGACAAAAAAGAUUUCCCAAAACCAGCUAUAAAUGGAUUGCCUUCUACACCAAAGGUUCUGAUGGGAGCAUGCUUUUCCAAAGUGUUUGAUGGUUGUCCUCUAAAGAUCAACUGUGCAACUUCUUGGAUACAUCCAGAUACCAAAGAUCAGUAUAUCAUAUUUGGCACAGAGGAUGGAAUUUACACCUUGAAUCUGAAUGAACUUCAUGAAACCACAAUGGAGCAGUUGUCUCCUCGAAAGUGCACAUGGCUAUACGUAAUAAAUAAUAUUUUAAUGUCCUUGUCAGGUAAAACACUUCAACUUUACUCCCACAACUUGGUGGGUUUGUUUGAGCAAUCCAAAAAGCCGGGUCUUGCGGCCCAUAUUCAGACCCACCGCUUCCCUGACAGAAUAUUGCCAAGGAAAUUUGCCCUCACUACAAAGAUUCCGGACACAAAAGGCUGCCACAAGUGCUGCAUUGUAAGAAAUCCAUACACAGGGCAUAAGUAUCUGUGUGGAGCUCUGCAGUCUGGAAUAGUUUUACUCCAGUGGUACGAACCAAUGCAGAAGUUUAUGCUGAUAAAGCACUUUGAUUUCCCUCUGCCUAGUCCAUUGAAAGUGUUUGAAAUGCUGGUCAUUCCCGAGCAGGAUUACCCAAUGGUCUGUGUAGCUGUCAGUAAAGGUGUAGAACCAAAUCAGGUUGUACAGUUUGAGACAAUCAACUUGAGCUCUGCAUCUUCGUGGUUUACAGAGAUUGGCACAGAAGGCCAUCAACUGGAAGCCAUACAUGUGACACAGCUGGAGAGAGACACAGUCUUAGUAUGCCUGGACCACUAUGUGAAAAUAGUAAACUUACAAGGAAAACUGAAAUCAAGUAGAAAAUUAGCAUCAGAGCUGAGCUUUAACUUCCAGAUUGAAUCUGUUGUGUGCCUUCAAGACAGUGUAUUAGCUUUCUGGAAGCAUGGCAUGCAGGGAAAAAACUUUAAGUCAAAUGAGGUCACGCAAGAAAUUUCUGAUGAGUCAAGAAUCUUCAGGUUAUUAGGAUCAGACAGAGUGGUGGUUUUGGAGAGCAGACCAACAUUAAAUCCAACAGCACACAGCAACCUGUACAUCUUGGCCGGACAUGAGAACAGUUACUGAGAUAGCAAUGCUAGUUUGAACACAUGACGUAGGAAUAUAUAUGUAUAUUCCAGCAUACAAAAUCCCCCUACAAGGACCUAUGCAAGGUGGAUUGCGGCUUUGAUCAUAUCUGUAUUAUUGUGUAGAAUUCGUAUUUUUAACUUUUGUGUGCUGGAAACGGCUAAAUGUCCUGUCACCACUGUGUGGUGUUUGGUUUUAUUUAGUUGCUUAAUAAAAAGCUGUGAGUUAUGGCCCCUUUAUGAUCAGUAGAAAAGGGGUUUAAAGCCUUUUUAAAAAUAAUAUGGGGUGCUCAAUACUUUUUUUUUUUUUUUUUUUUUUAAAUUGUCUGAGCAGAUGCUGAGAUCAAGCCUGGCACUUUGCUUUUUAUAUUUAAGCCUAUUGUUCUUUAUGGAAAGCUGCAUUGCCACUUACUUUGGGCCAAGUCAAUCUUUUUGGUGGGGCAAAAUUGCUCAACUUUGAUACCAGCACCACACAUCACUGGAAAAGCGUUUCACCCAUCAAAACCGUUAAUUUGCCAAAAUGUAUUGUGCCUAUAUUCUUUUCCAUAUAGGUAUCAUUUUUAACUGUUUGGUAUUUAAUGUAUAAUACCUUUUAUUUUACAUAAGAUGCUUAAGCUACAACUUACAACCGUGUGGUAAUAAAUGAUAGAAUGUGCUAUAACCUAAAUUUCAAAAGGAGUAACCUAAAUCCUUUUUUUAUAAGAUGUUACCAGAGUCUAAUUUACAUAGAUUGCUUGUCUGCGUUUCUGAUAUAGCUGUAUGUUUGCAGUUAUAACAGAUACAAUUUCUGUGACACAGCAGUCAAAUCUACUCAGGCUGAUUAAAUAUGCCUAUUAGAUGCCAAGUAAGUGACACUACAGAUUAAUAUUCUUAUAGGAAGUUAAAACAUUGGAAGACCUUAAUCUUCUGAAUCUGACAUGUUUAGAAUAUUCUGUAAAAUAGAAUGUUUGAAUCUUAUUUAUUAAUCUUUUGCUUAAGUGGGUAAUAUAUCUAACUUUUAGGGAAAGGUUGCAGAACGGAUUACGUUUGUAUUGUUGUAUAUGGGAAAUUUUAUAUGCAAUCCUUUUUAGCUAUUGUGCAUUGCUUAGUUUUUCUUUCUAGUGUUCUAUUUUGGGGAUCUGUUUUAGACAUCAUACAAAGGGAUUUUUUUGUUUGUAAAUAAAUUGUGUUCUCAAAGCUAUGAACCAUUCACGACACCAGCCGACUAAAUAAGCCAUCGAACAUGUUACUAGGAAAGCUAAUAAUUGUCAUGGGGAAUUGAAGUCUUCACCAGCAUCAAAGCCUGAAUUGAUAUGUUUUGUACUAGAAAGUAGAAUUCUGCUAAUGUUUUUUAAGAAAAUCUUUAAUGUGGCUUUCUGAAUAAGAAAGUAUUUUUUUAUUAUUAUUUUUUUUUUAAAUAACCAUCUGCAAAUGUUGGAAGUGGGUAGAAAAAAGGAUAACUUUUAAAAGGACUUUUUCUUAACCUAUUUCUUAUUUGAACUCACCAUUGUCGUCCAUAAUUGGUAUAAACCUAUUUGAGGUGCCUCUCUAAAAUGGACACCGAAUCUUUUUUGUUUUGUGUUUUCUUUGUACUUGUGCUAAAUCAGUCUACAAUAUUUAAUGGUCCAGUUAGACUGACAAAAGUGCAUUUUUAUAUCCAUUUUACUAAAGUGUAAUGAACAGGUUUUUUCUUGUUCCUGUUCAUACAGAAAUUCGCAUUAAAAUUCCAAAGUGCCUGGUUUUUCCUGAGACUAUUUGUUUUUCUUCGCUAUUUGCUAUGACCUUGUAGCAAACUCAUCCAUAACAAAAUCCCCCAUAAUGACAGUGUCACCACCAAAGGAAUUCUAAAUUAUUGUUGUUGUUUUUUUGUUUUUUACCUUAAUGACUUUCAUUCAGAUGUUUAUCAUGACCAAUGAAAUGUUACGAAAGCAAGACUAAAAUAAAGAUGCUAAUGCUACAUUUUAAA